GUGAUGAGCCUCUCGCUCCUGCUCGCUCCACUGGAGGCUUAAGUCUCCUUCCUGGUGCCGCAUCCCGAAAUUCGACAGCCUUCCCUGUUCUGUUCUGUUCAGUUCAGUUCGUGCUUCUAUCUCCGCUCGAGUCUGUGGUCGUGCUCUGGAGCAUUCUUCCCCGUGGUUACACCCCUCGCAACAUUCAAGAUCUCUACUGGUCGCUCUUCUAAGUCUGGUUCUGGUUCAACUUGGGGAAUAUUUUGUGGGUUUUCCGGUCGCGGUGUCCUUCAUUUUCUCGCAAUUCCGCCGCAUUCCAAAGGUUUUGCGGUAGGUUUUUCUGAGUGCGGGUUUAUUAGACCGCCAGGAAAUUUGCAGCGUAGUGGACUUUGCGGAUAAAGUGGAGUGAGAUGGCGAUUUCCGUGGGAGCUGCGACGCGGAAUUUGGCCAAUGUACAACAAUUGCAGCGAAUGCCCUCUCCCUCCUCAUGCAAUUCGCUCUCUGUACACCGGGUGUUCUGCGCCCAGCCGUGCAGGAUUGUCCAUGGGUUGGUUUGUGGUUAUUCAUCAAGCACAUUCUUUGCCUCAGAAACGUCUUUCUCUUUCGUUGCUCGUCCAACGCGAAAGAAUCACCAGCUGCGAAAUGGAAGUUUUGUAGUUCGUGCUGAUGCUGACUACUACGCAACACUUGGAGUGGGCAAAAAUGCUGAUAAAUCGGAGAUCAAAAGUGCUUAUCGGAAACUUGCAAGGCAAUACCAUCCAGAUGUAAACAAAGAACCUGGAGCGGAACAGAAGUUUAAAGAUAUCAGUAACGCGUAUGAGGUCCUCUCUGACGAUGAGAAGCGAUCAAUUUAUGAUCGAUUCGGUGAAGCUGGACUCAAAGGCGCUGGAGGCGCCGGAGGGGCAGCGGGUUUCAAUAAUCCUUUCGACCUUUUUGAGACUUUCUUUGGAGGCAUGGGCGGUAGAAGCUCCGGCCAGGCUCGAAACAGGCCUGUACAGGGUGAUGAUGAGCGCUACGACCUACUUCUGGAUUUUAAAGAAGCUGUUUUUGGCGUAGAAAAAGAUAUAGACGUAACAAGACUCGAAAGCUGCAGCACUUGUAGUGGUUCUGGAGCAAAACCGGGUACCACACCCACUACGUGUAGCACCUGUGGAGGUCAAGGACAAGUGAUGACAACUGCCCAAACUCCUCUAGGAAUGUUUCAGCAGGUGUCAACAUGCCCAACAUGUAAGGGCUCUGGAGAGAUGUCGACACCAUGUUCGACAUGUUCAGGCGAUGGACGAGUCAGAAAAAGCAAACGUAUAAGCUUGAAGGUACCCGCUGGUGUUGAUUCAGGCAGCAGGCUCCGAGUGCGAUCUGAAGGUAAUGCCGGGCGUAAGGGUGGUCCCCCUGGCGAUCUUUACGUCUUUAUCAACGUUAAGUCAGACCCUGAGUUGAAGAGAGAUGGUAACAACAUAUACGUCUCAGUUAAGAUUUCAUAUAUAGGUGCAAUACUAGGAACAACUGUGAAAGUGCCGACAGUAGAUGGUUUCGUAGACUUAAAAAUCCCCGCGGGCACGCAACCUGGAAGCACGUUGGUUAUGGCUAAAAGGGGCGUUCCAUUGUUGGGCAAAUCGAAUUUGCGAGGUGAUGAGCUAGUGAAGGUUCAAGUUGAGAUUCCCAAGAAACUAAGUUCGGAGGAAAGAAAGCUCAUUGAGGAGCUUGCAGAGGUGUCAAAACCUAAAGCUGGCAGUUCCAGGUGAUUCCUAUGGAGAGCAUCUCAGAUAGAUGAGGUAGGCUGUAGUAAUGGAAUAUUUUGUAGUCUGAACAUUGAGGUAGGUAUUGAAGAUUACAGGAAGUUCAAUAUCGCAGAACAACCUAUGUAACAUAGGUUUUUUAUGUGCUCCAACUACAUGUGUUGAGUUUUUCCAGUCAACAAAGAUCAUUUAGUAUUUCAGUAUCACCAUUUAAACUUA